CAUUCGCGCCUGGGCAGCUGAUGACCCUCUCUAUUGUACUGUGUGUGUGUCGGACUUUUAAGGCCAAUGCCUGACUGUCAUGGACAGAUUUUGCAUGAAUUUCUGGAUGCUAUCAGAGGACAAACCCGGGCUCUCUGAAGACGACUGAGAGACGAUUGAGAAAAAGUAGUUUUCAGGUCAUGGAUUUCCCGGGGCAUUUUGAGCAGAUCUUCCAGCAGUUGAACUACCAGCGUCUGCAUGGACAGCUGUGCGACUGCGUGAUCAUGGUUGGUAGUCGUCAUUUCAAGGCUCACCGUGCCGUCCUGUCCGCCUGCAGUACACAUUUCCGAGCCCUGUUUACUGCUGCUGAGGGAGACGCCAGUACGAGGAUGAUCCACCUGGACUCAGAAGUGGUGACCGCUGAAGCAUUUGCUGCACUCAUGGACAUGAUGUACACGUCCACGCUGAUGCUAGGAGAGAGUAACGUGAUGGAUGUCUUGCUGGCCGCUUCUCAUCUGCAUCUGAACGCUGUGGUGAAAGCCUGUAAGCACUACCUUACCACUCGUACUCUACCCAUGUCUCCUCCGGCAGACCGUAGUGGUCAGCAUCACGCCGAGCAGCAACAAGCAGCAGUGGCUGCGAACUCUCAUCUCCAGCGUUCAUUUCUGCUUCAACAGCUCGGCCUGAGCCUGGUCAGUUCUGCCCUGAGUGGCGCUGAAGACGGCGGAACAGGGAACGGGAGGAGAACGGGUUCAGCGUGCGGUAGCGGGUUGGUGGAUCAGCACGGUUCUCAUCCGGGACGCCGUUUCCUGAAGCGCAAACAGCCCUUGUCCCUGAUCGCUUCAGAACGGGGGAGGCCACGGCUCUCCACGCAGGUGGAGGGAAUUGUGGGGGAAUCGGGGGGGCGAGAGGGUGGAGAGGAGCUUCUGUCUCCAGAUUCCCAUAGUAAAAUGGUGGAUGAGGUCGUCGCUGGGGUCAUUCCAGGGGAUGAUGGAGGUUUACUAGAACGAGAUGGGUACCGCAGGGGACUGACCCAUGAAGACAUGCAGCUUCCCAGUCAGUCGGAUGGAGGAAGGGGACCAGGACCGGAAAAAACAUUGCUGCUGUCAUGCAAAGAGGAGUACCCAGAUGCGAGCCGUCACCAUACUGAGGGGAUGAAGAUAAAGAACGGAGGUGAGGAAGAAGAGGAGGAGCAGCAGCAGCACAUGCAGGUCGUGGUGAAGAGUGAGCCAAUGAGUUCACCCGAGGCUGCUGAUGAGACUAGCGAUGUUACGUCUCAGGCAGAAGGGAGUGACCAGGUGGAGCCAGUUGGAGAAAAGCUGGAAUUGAGUCCUGAGGGCAGUGAGCGCAGCUACUCCGACCCCCAGCCCAGCUCUGGGCUGCUGAUUAAAGGAAACAAGGGGUUAGGAGCAGCAGAAGACCGAGGAAGAGGAGAGGAGCUCUCCUGCAGUGAUGCUCUAGAGUCCUCCUCUGGACUGCACAUCUCCAGUUUCCUCAGCGCGAAGGCCUUUGCUGGCAGAGGGACAUCAUCUAACCGUGCCAACAGUGUUGACAAUGUUCCCAACACUACAACCGGAGAGUUUCAAGCAGACCACGAUUCCUCUCGCUUCUUCCUCCCAGCCGAUUCCAUCAACACUUCAUCUUCCUCUCUGCAGCUCCUUCCAGGCGAAGCACAGGUCUGCUCUGACCUGCAGCCUGAGUCCCUUCUUCUGCGGCCACUGCAUGAUGGGAUGGCAUCAUCCUCUUCAUUAGCAGCGUCCCGUGGUGGAUCGGUGGACCAGCUUGCACUAGAGUUCCAGCGAAACAUUUUGGGAUUGCAGACCUUCCCUCGUUCAUCCAGGGGUGGAGCGGGAGGGUGCCAAGCAUACCGGCGCAUCGCUCCCAAAGUUCCACCAGGAGGUGCUACAACACUUACAGACAGCCCUCAGCAGCUUGAUGCUGCCUCCUCUUCCUCUUCCUCCUCAGUGCUUCUUAACGGGGUGAACUUAAUGGAGAGUUCUGUUACCGUAGGUCAAAAUGUUGGCAGCUCCAACUUGAACCCGCUACCCCAGUUAACAAGAGCCUCUGCAGAUGUUCUGUCAAAAUGUAAGAAGGCACUGUCCGAGCACAACGUUCUAGUGGUUGAAGGCGCCAGGAAGUAUGCCUGCAAGAUCUGCUGUAAGACGUUCCUCACUCUGACGGACUGCAAGAAACACAUCCGAGUUCAUACGGGAGAGCGCCCAUACGCCUGUCUGAAAUGCGGCAAGCGCUUUAGUCAGUCCAGUCACUUGUACAAGCACUCGAAAACAACCUGCUUACGAUGGCAGAGCAGUGAUAUGUCUAACACCCUGCUCUAAUUCAACCGCAGGCGCUCCAAAAGCACCAUAUAAGGAGUGAGCAGAUCUGUACACUGUAAUCUCACAUCCACCAUUACAGUAGGUAUAGGAACGUUUUUUUAGGUCUUUCAUGGCUGUAGUAUGUUGUUAACAUGCUUCCAGUUAACAUGCCGUCCAGAGAUAGUUCACACUGAAAUGUUCCAAACCUGUGACCUAGAAAAAAAAUGAACAAAUUAUUUUGCGUUCCUGCAGAAAAUGAAAGUCAUACAGGUUUGGAACAUGAGGGUGAGGAAGUGAUAACAGAAUUUUCAUUUUUGGGUGGACUGUCUCUUUCACUGUGAAAUGUUUUCAAAAGAACUGAAAUCAGACAGAACCUUAGAAGGCCACUCCUGUGUCCUGAUGAUUGAAGCUUGCUGUGGACGUCAGAAUUGUAUUGUCAGCUGUGUACUGUUGAUGUAUUUUAGCUUCUGAAGUUGUCUGUAUAUUCUGAACUGAAGCAUCAAAAGGAGAUUCAUCAGUUUUAAUUUAGGUGCACCUUUAGGCCAGUGGAUCUCGACCAUGGGCCCCACUAGUUGGCCUCGGCAAACAUCCAGGAGAAUCCCAAUAAGUCUUAAAAUUAUUUACAUUUAGAUAUAUUAACUUAAUCUUAAUUCAAAUUUUAAACAUUUAAAGCAUCACAACAUUGAACUGACAUCAUAUUUUUGACUUUAUGAUGAUAGAAGUGCAUAUCAACUUUGAAUAUUGUCUUAAGCUUAAGUGGGGUCCUGGAGUCAAAAAGGUUGAGAAGCACUGCUUUAAGUUCCAGUGGUUUAAGUUACAAAACUAUGUGAGCUGCCUGCCUGACUGUUUACAGUUCAUAUAGGCAGCCACUAAGGCAGCAAACUCAGAACUCAAAUGAAACCUCACAUUGGAACAUCUGGAAAGAACAUGGGCAGCUGUACUUUUAUGUUUCCCCAAGAAAUUUGCCUUAAUUUUUUAUUUGUUUUUGGCAAACUUAUAUAUUAGUGGUUUUGCCUUUGCUAACACAAAAGUUUCUCAGGUGAACCGAUGAAGUUUUUAGGGCGAACACAAAACUCAAAAGCUUUGAAAUCUAAUUGGUCCUCCCAUCUCAUUUUAUCCCAUUUAGGGGUACUGUAUAACUUAGUCUCGCGUAGCCAGACCUUCUGACUUUAGCCAACGGUCCGUGGGAGUGACGUCUGAGGCUGAGACUAUGUAUAACUUAGUUAAUUGCAAAGGAGUUUGACUCAAAAGUCAAUUUCAAGCCUACAGUCAGCUAUUCUGGGCUAGUGCUAUUUACUUUCUAAGUGCUAAAAACUUUCCACACAACAUAUUUCAAAUCGGCAACCGAGUCUGACAUUAGCUGUUUGAUAAAUGUUUUUGUCAUACUCAAAAAGCUUAUAUUUCUGAUUGUCUCUAUGGCAGCUGGAGAUUUUAUUCAGAAGGUGGGAAUUAUUCCACCAUAUUUUGCAUUGCACUUUCUCCCAUUUAUAGUAAUGAGUGCACCUUCUUGGUUCAUCUCAAGUAUGGGUGGAAAACUCAGUUCCUGGAUGGCCACUGCCCUGCAGAGUUUUUCUAGUUUUUCUAGUAUUACAUUCAUUGUGUGGGAUACAUGUGAUGCUGCUUUCAAAUGUCCUUACGGUUCAGUCUUCACAUCAAGAUAAUUCUGUCUAGGGCAGGCUGUCAGCUUACUAGGUUUUGUAACACCGCAAAUAUGUAAAAGAAUAACCUUGCACAGUCACUACCGUUACACUUUUACUGUUACAAGGUCAAAUAAAUAGAUUUCUAUUAGAAGACAAAUCUUUUGACCACAUGUGGAAAUAUGAGCAGAAUUGACCUUGUUGCAUAUAUUUCCCUAAACUAACAAAUACUUUGUUUCUUGACUGUCGAUUAACACAAAAUGAUUCUUGUUUUCUAUGAACAGUAAUCAUUAUGUUGUAUUCUUAAAAAUAUGAAUGCGUUAAGACAUGAAAUAUGUCCCCUUUGCACAGAAGAGGUAAUUGUUAGGAACAUUUUUUACUAAAGCACUGUGUAUUUGUGCCUGUUUCUGUUGUAUUCGAAUUUCUUACACUUUAUUGACAAAUGCAGACAGAAAUCAUGCACCGAGCACUGCAUAAAUGACCAUUUAACCUGAAAUCCUCAGACCAUCCUCUGUUUUGAUUCUAUUGAUGCCCCUGUGGCUGAAAUUGAUAUCAGCACUGAGAGAACGUUAGACUACAGUGUUUAUAGUUACACAUUUUCCAUUUAAACUAAGAUACUAAAGAACCUGCAUACUGAUUAAAUUCAUGUUGACUAAUUUUAAUGGAAGCUAUCGGUGAUGAAGUGGUCACUUAAAAAAAAAAAAAAAAGACUGUUACAUUCAUGUGUCUCUUUUGACCUUCCAGUGCACAGAGAGAAAAACCAUUAUGUAAAAAUUGCACCUUCAGUCUUUAAGGCUUUAAUGUUUUACGGUUUGUGGAGUAACACAUACUAAACAAAUAGAACAUGCUGUAAACUAAACUAGAUGUUCAGUCAUUGUAUUAGUGGUUGUUAAUGGAUACUUUUAGGGGAAAUAUAAGAGUCUUGUCCUAGUAGUUUGUGAGAAGUCUUGUCUUUCUGUGAUGUGUUUGAUGUUGUACUAAGAGGAGUCCUUAAAUACUCGUAAGUAUAAUCGUUAAGAUUUAGAAGCUGCUUCACUAAACACAUUCCAACCUGUAAAUGAGCUGUUACUGCAGAACUUAGCAUUUUAUUCAUGCCAUCUUUUAUUUAACCGUAGUAAUGGUUUUUUUUUCCCCUUUGUGGUAAAUAUUGCAUCUGUUUGAUCAGAUGGACUCAAAGAUUUGAAAUAUGAAACAUCAUCACCUAACACCUCUUUAAAUACUAAAUAAGACUAAAUUUAAAAUAAAAUGGAGACAUUUCAGUAUAAAUUAUUGUCCUUUGUUAAUAUUUUUUUUCCUUCUAAUUAUUCAUUAAGAAUGUAUGAUUACAUGCCUGUGCCUGAGUGUUUCAACAUUCCUAGUAUAAUCGACUAAAUGUACUGGGGAUGUCCAAAGUCCAAAACGUGUUUGAAUUUAUACAUUAAUUGUCAAGCAACAGUUGACCUUAAGUGUGUGUACAUAUCAUGUGUUAAAUGUAACUAAUCAUACAGGACUUUUUCUUUAAAUGACCUGAAUCACAGUGGAAGUGAAACAACUGCCUUAUGUGAUUUGUUAUUAUUAGUAUUAUGAAUCUUAGAUCUAGAAAUGCCAAAAGUGAAGGAAUUAUUGUGAGUCUAUGUAAUGGCUGUUAACUGCACAUUGUUAGAGCACUCCUUUGUUUUUCUACUGGUUUAAAAAAAAAAAAAAAAGAAUUAAGUGAAUAAAAUCAUGAAGAAUGCUAUACAUUCAGUCUGUCUUUUCAUUAAAUGUGUCUUUUUUUGAAAACAGAUGACUCAGAAGUUCUAAACUGGCGACGUAUUUAAGCAUAGAAAGACUUGCAGGGAUAUUGCUGGUCUUAGCUGAGUUUGCUCUUUGUAGAUCAUUGAUCUCAGAAUGUGAACCUUGCCUGUGUGCUCACAAACACUGGGCUUUUGAUGUUAGAGAACAAACGGGAGUUCAACAUUGUUGUUGUUUUUUAUUUAUUUAAAGAAAUAGUUCAUCUAAAAUAAUAAAAAUCUUUACUAUAAACAACGCAUAUGUUUGUAUUUUACCCAGCUAGUCCACUUCUGACAUUUUUAGACUUAUUUUAUAGACUUUUUAGACAUUUAUAGACUUACAUACAUGCAUACACACACACACAUAAACACACACACACACACACACACACAUAUAUAUAUAUAAUUUGAAUUUUCUUUUGUAGGCAUGUACGAUGUAUAAAUUAUCAGCCAAUUUUUGCUUUUUUUAAUUAUUGGUAUCAGUCAGCUUAUUAGCAAUUGUAAUGCACAUUUUCUAUAUUUUUGCUUUUAGAUUACUUUUGCCAUCAUCUUAUGCAACAGAUAAACACUUGUAUUCAAAAACACUAAUAU